ACUCCAGCGAUUGUUCUUAACACAAAGAGAAUCUUAUCAGACGUUUCAUGGUUAGUACAAUUCAAAAAAAAAAAAAAGAAGACUAUUUGUUGUGGACUUGUUGUUGUCAAUUUUUUUUAAACUACUUCCUUUAACAAUUCGAUUGUAAUGUUUCCGUGUUGUUGAUGGCAACAAAAAAUCUGACAUUGAAAUUAUAAAUAUGCUAUGUUUUAAUUAGGAAAGGAGAAGAAAAACUCCAAGAUAAUAAUACAUGAAAGGCACUCAUUAGAACUCCAUGAAGGUAUUCGAAAAUGAGAUUCACGUUUUCCUUAAUUUUAAUCAUCAUCAGUGCAUCACUUGUUGUCAUUGAAGGUAAGCGGUGUUUUGCUUCUUAUAAAUGUUUUCAGUUUAAGAGUUUAUGUUAAAUAAAUAUUGUAUUUUGUAAACUUUAGCACUCAGGCAAAUGUUGUCGCUGUGUUCUUCCAAUUUUAUUCCAAUGUCUCAAAUUAAUGUUAGGUUAAUGCUGCAUGGAAGGCAUUUAUUUAAUAGAUAAUUCCUUAAACACAAAAGUAAAUAUGUACCUGUACAAAUGUGGUGCUAACAAAAUUCAUUAGAAAAAUGUCUCCCCGUACCCCCCUGACACUGGCUCCUGCACCCCUUAAGGGCGCCGGCAUUUCUAAGGGUUUCAGUACCUUGUUAGACCCCAUUUUUUGUAUUGGUGGUGAUUGCACAUAUCUAUUUCUUUUGUUGGUUUCUUUUUAACUUCAAAACAUUAAUAGAGAAUGCAGCGCUGUAAUUCUCUCUCAUUCUCUCUCUCUCUCUCUCUCUCUCUCUCUCUCUCUAUAUAUAUAUAUAUAUAUAUAUAUAUAUAUAUAUAUAUAUAUAUAUAUAUAGAUAUAUAUAUAAAUAUAUAUAUAUCUCUCUCUUUCUCUCUCUCUCUCUCUCUCUCUCUCUCUCUCUCUAUAUAUAUAUAUAUAUAUAUAUAUAUAUAUAUAUAUAUAGAUAGAUAGAUAGAUAGAUAAAGAUAAAUAUAUUAUCUUUUAGCUUCAAAAUAGAAAUACCAGCUAUCAGUGGCAUUAAAAAGAUGUCCUUUUAAUGUAUUAGAUUAUUUUUUUUUAAAAAGCAGUGUGCAACGCAUAUAAUGAAAAAUUAUAAUACUUUGUUUUAAUAAAGGUUGAAUAAUGUUAGACCGGUAGACCAGGAAGGAAUCUAUUGAUGGUUUAUGGCGUAUAAAAGAACGACUGAUUCAGCUUUUAACGCUGGAUGGUACGGAUAAAUCUAAUGUUUGGUUAUGAAGUAUAUCUUAUCCCCGAUUCACCCUGUAACACUAGAUGGUAUUGGAGCAACUAAAGAUGUGUUCUGACACAUAUCUUAUCUCUCAUCAAGUUUGCAGCAGUGGAUGGUAUGGAAGAAUCGAACGUUUGGUUAAAAAGUAUAUCUUAUGCCCGAUUCACCCUGUAACACUAGAUGGUUUUGAAGCAACUAAAGAUGUGAUCUGAAACAUAUCUUAUAUCUCAUCCAGCUUGUGACAGUGGAUGGUAUGGGCCGAGAUGUCAGUUCAUGUGUCACUGCAGUAACAACCAGUGCGAUGAGGCUGGUAGAUGCCUUAAUGGAGACAGGUGUCGAACUGGCUGGUUCGGUCCCGGAUGCCAAUACCGUAAGAAAUUUCUGUCUUACACAUAAUAUUUUGCAAUACACCUGACAAAUUGCGAGAUUGACUCUAUUGUUACUUUAUCUAGGAUUUCCAAUAACUUAAAAAUAGUAGUUUACAUAAUUUACUGGUUCAACUAAAAACAAAUGCAUCUGUUUCAACGGAACUUUACUCAGUUUAGUUCAGUUACCUAUAAGCCGAGAGUUCAUUUCAAAAAUAGGACCAUUGAUCAAUUGGCUAUUAGAGGACAAAAUUGCUGAUGAUAUCAUAUGAUAUUUUUUCUUAGUUAAGCCCAUCAUUUUCACCAGACUUCAUACAUUUCUAAAGUCAACCGCCAGUCAAAGAUUCCCCCCCCCCCGGCCCCACCUAUGCUAAAAGUUAAAGAAGCUGUCAUUUUCCUGUAACGUUUUCUUCUCUAUUUUGGAUUUAAUUAUGGUUAUGAAGGUAACAAUGGCAUAAUGUUUUCACAGAGGAUGUAAGUGUUUUAGCCAAUGUGACAACGAGUUUACAUCACGGAGAUGUCCUGACAGACGGCGAGGAUCUCACAUGCAUUAGGAAGUUGACUUAUGUAACAUCCUACUUAUCCAGCCCAUAUCCAGUUAUAUGGGUCAGAGCUGUAGGACCUUACUUCGGACCUGGCUUAGGUACGUACAUAAAAGUUCAAAAGAUAAAUUAUAUGUAUUAUAUCUUUUAUCAUAUUUGUAAUAUAUUUAGCCAAAACUCCAUUAUUUCAAUAACAUUAUCAUUGUAGACGAAUGAAUGGGCAAAAGUUGAUUUAAUGUUCACCGUGUUUUGCAAUCUGAUAGCAUCUUUAGGAGAGAUUUCCCUGAGUUACAAAGAACACUUCACUGACAGCCUAUUACAGAACGGAUGUAACUCCAUCAAAACGUCAGUGCUGGAUGACAACAUAAUUGUUGAUGUCUUCUGUGAGACUAGCGUAACUGCCGCGGUCCUACAUUUGUCCUGGGAGAGACCCGUAGAGAUCUGCUCUCUUUACAUCAGUGGAGGUAGGCUGUAUUUGUGAUGUUGUAAAAUGUAUCUUAAACUAACCUCUUGAUAUGAUAUACACUUCUUUCAGGAUUUGGUUUUCAAUUUGUGUGGAGAUAGGCCUAAGUGCAUUAAUUAUUUGUAUAAAUACUGAAUAAUAGGGUCUCGAUAAAGUUAUGCUUAAUGAAGGUUGCACGAUUAUAGUUAUAUCACUAAAUGAAUGUUGCACGACAAUAAUUGUUUGACUAAAUGAAUGGUGAACGACUAUAAUGAUAUGACUAAAUGAUUCGUGAACGACUAUAAUAACGUGACUAAACGAAUGGUGAACGACCAUAAUAUUAUGGCUAAUUGAAGUAAGUUAGUAUCGGUGAAGUCUGAUUAAAAUAGUUGCCAGGGGAUAUAACAUAUUGACUCAUGAAUUAAUUUAUAUUUGUACGUAAGGAGAUUUUUACUCAUAUGGUUUAAAUUUAGGGUUAAAUAAGCAGACGCAGAAUUCCCCCUCUAUUUUACUUCCAGGCAGAAACCUGGCCCUUAAGCAGAAUGCCACACAAUCCAGCAUUUACUAUGACCCAAACGGGGUGUCAACGAUUGCCGACAAUGCCGUGGACGGCAACACCAACACCAACUACGGCAGUGGCAGCUGUGCCCACACGGACAGUCCGAUAGCAGAGCCGCACUGGAACCUCAUGUUUCCCAACACUGUUAAUAUUAACAGAAUUGUGGUCUACAACAGACUGGACGUGGGGGGCAAUCUAGGUAAUAAUAAAUCUUUUAUUUGUAGACCUUUAAUCUGACGUCUGUGAUAAUAUAAGACUAAUAAUGUUAAAAUACGAACCAACCAGGAAUUGUAUAGUCUAAAUCAGGAUCCCACGCUAGUAGCUAAAAUAAGAAAAGGGUAGGCCACAAUUGGUGGGACACUUAGAGAGAGUUAUCCUACGUAUCCCUUGGUUCGAAACUAAACACCCACUCGGCACACAGCUGGAGCUGUUAACUGAAAUAAAUAUUAUUUUUAAAAUGCCAAAUGACAGAGGAGUGAAGAGGAUGAACUACCAAAACCCCAGGGGAAAACGGCUCAAAAGGCAGACCGAGGCUUAGAUGGAUGGAUGAUGUGGGAAAAAGAUCUAUAGUGGCUGGAAAUCCAAGCAUGGAAAAUGAAAGCAUUAGUUAGAUCUUUAGCACACACAAAAAAAACGAACCCAAAAACGGGUCAGGGUUAUUGGAAGGAAGUGGUGAAGCAGACCAAAGCCCUACAUGGGCUGAAGCACAACAGGGAUUGAUGGGCAGAUAAUGUUAAAAGUUUUAAAAGAAAAUUUUCAGAAUACGUAAACGGUGAAUGAUAAAGAAACACAAAAAUGCAUGCAAGUCUAUUGUUUUUUAGCGAAAAGUUUAGCACUACGGACUUAUUUUGUUAUUUAUCCUCUUAUAAAUAUUAAUCCGCUUAAAUGUGUGCAUACCAUUUAUAACUUUUUUUUAUUGCAGAUGGCAAAUGUUGCUCCAUUCGACUCAAAGGAUUUAAAAUAGCCGUCUACGACUCACUCCGCCAGAAAGUCUACAGUUUUACGGAUACCAGCAGCAAACCACAAGUCAGCUAUACUGUGAUAGAGCCCAAAAUUAACGUCAACGCCUCAGAAAUGCAAAUAUCCGUAGCCAACCCGGAAAAGGUCCUUGCCUUGUGUGAAGUGGAAGUAUUUGGUUGUAAGUUCACACACAACGGCAUGCUAGAAAAAUUAAGUUAGAAAAACAUAAGCUAAAAAAAAAAGGGAAACUUAAAUAUUGACAGGGGAAACGACAAGGAAAGAGACUUAAACAGUUUUUAUUGAAAAGUGUGUAAAGAGCUAUUAACUUAACAAAAAAGUAUCAUAUGAAUUCAAAACUGAGAAAUUAUUGCUGUUACGAUAGUUGCGUUAUAUAAGUAUGACACUGUGACGUUUAUUAUAACUAUUUUAACACUCAUGCGGGUAAAAAUUAGGGUAUACUAUAAAACAAAGGUUCCCAAAUCCCACCCCACGGGCCACUUUUGGCACGUGAGGUCUCGGAAGCGACCCAAGAGGCCUUAAUAUUUACUAUAUUACAUUUUAAUGAUUCAAACAUUUAGUGACAUUUAAAUAAAAUAAAUAUUCACAAGAGAACGCUGUAGUAAUGUGCGAUCUACGAUAGCCUAGAAUCUAGAAUUUCCAGAUGCUAAAAUCUACAAAAGACAGCUAAACCUUCAGCACGAAGGAAUUGUUGAGAAAUGCAACUCUGCACUGAGGUCCAAAUUAUUUAAGCUUUCUGCUUCCCCCUAAGCUGAUCAUAUGGCCUCAUUCUGGUGGCUAUUGUCCAUCCAACAAUUUGCUUUCAUUUACACAGAUAUACAUUAAUCGCUAUAGUUCGAUUUAUACAUGCUAGCAGUAAUUUUUGGCAAAGAAAAGUACUUUUAAAAAACAAAAAAACAAACAAGAACCAUUCCAAACCCUGCGUAUGGCUUUGGGCACGACAGCGUUGUGGUCAGAUAUUGAAGAACGGGCUUUUAAACUUCUAAAAAAACUUCAUGUGGAAAAACAGUCACAGUUGUAAAUUACUUAUAUUAAUUUUGAUUUUCGUAACUUGUUUAAACGUGUUAAAUGAACAUUUCAUCAACGACGGAUCAGAUUUUCACCAUCAGAUGCCUUUAGGGAAAUGUUACGAAUGAAAUACUCCAGUAGAUACCUCUAGGUGAGCUAUAAAAUGGCCAUAAAGGCAACAGAAGAAAAUAUCUACACGAGGCUAUGCAGGAGUUUGGCAUACCCAACACACUGACAAGACUGAUGAAUGUAAAAUUAAAUAACUCAACAAAAGAAAAAUGAAGGUUCAGGGAGAAUAUUCAAGGACAUUUCAGAUUUGACAAGGCCUAAGACAGGGAGACUCACUUUCUUGUAUGCUUCUUAGCCUAACAUUGGAGAAAGUUACAUUGUGACACCCGAGGAACAAUAUUUUUUGAGGGAGACCCAAAUACCAAAUCGAAUAUGCACUCUCUACAAGGAAACCCUUCAUUAUCUUGCAUAUGCUAAAGACAUCGCACUGUUAGGGAAAUGUAGUAAAGUCAUAUCAUAGUCUUAAUUGAAUUAGACAACACAUCACUACAAGCAGGUUAACAAACAAAAAAAUACAUAAAACAUAACUUUGUUAAGAGAAGAGCAGACUGACGAAGCCACUAAAAUUAGAAACCUCACUUUUGCAAAUUAAUUCAAAUACAUAGGAUCUUUAUUAAAUGAAAGAAAUCAGUCACUAACAGCAGAAGAAUAUUGGCUCGAAGCAGGGCAUACUUCAGUAGUCAGAAAAUACCCGAAAGUCAAAUAAUUACAAGAAAAACAAGGAAAACUGUAUAAACACUGUAAUCAGACCAGUUGUAAAAUACGCAAGUGAAGCUCGGACCCUAACAAAAAACGUCAGAAAAACCUAUUAUACACAAGAGAGUUAAAAUUCUCUGGAAUGUAUUUAGACCAACAAAUGAUGAAUACGGAUAGAGAAUACGAACAAAUGGGGAAUGGUAUAGUCUACAACAGGAUCCCACGCUGCUAACAGAAGAAAUAAAAAGAACAAGCUAGACUAGGCAGGACAUUUAGAAAGUGUUAUCCAACGUGUUUCCUGGAUUCGUAAACUGCCAACCCACUCAGCACACAGCUACAUAAAGUUAAUGAAAGAAAUAGAGUUCAAAAUAAAACUUGUUUUACAAAACACAUCAGCAGCACCCCCGAGAGGAUAGAACAUGUUAUCCUUGGAUGGUAACUCAUUGAUGAGAAGGAAAACUCGGAAUUAAACCGGGAGAUGACGCUCUGUACGCGGAUAGCAAUGAAACGAUGAAACUGCCGGAGAAUCCCAUGACGCUACCGGUGCCAAGCUGUAUCAUCCAUGUAUGAUGUUCACUGGGGUUAGCCAAGGGCGGGGAGAGACGCGAUUCGCCAUCUAGGGAACCACGCUGCCAUUCUUAAGGAAAAUCCCAAUUUUUUUAUGAUGCCCUGCGAAGUCUUCACCACUGUCGCACUGUCACCGACGGAUGCCAGAAACGAAAAGUCUUUGAUUAGGUUGCCAUUUUAUUAAUUGAAGUGAACUUGGUAGUUUUUUGGUUCAACAAUCAGAAUAUUUUUGUUACAUUUCAUUUAAAAGUACUGCUAUAUAUCAAGCGUGAAGCAAAAAUCAAAUAUUUGCCCAAUUCACUAUAAACGUGUAUAUAUAUAUAUAUAUAUAUAUAUAUAUAUAUAUAUAUAUAUAUAUAUAUAUAUAUAUAUAUAUAUAAUCCAAUGCAUUCGGACGUUAAAUAUUAUCUACGUCUAAUAAAACUAAUAAAAUAUUUGACCUCUCUCUGUACACGAAGAUGAUAUUUGCCCACCUGGAUUCUACGGCCCUGAAUGCAGCAGGCGUUGCAACUGCAAAGAUGUUGAAGAAGUCUGCAACAUGCGGUCGGGAAUUUGUGAGUCGGGCUGUGCGGCCGGUUUUCUCGGCGAGAGUUGUGAUCUAGGUUGGUAACUGAUGUAUGUCUUAUGUUUGGGGCAUAGUCUUGUAACGUACGUUAGUGAUCUAGGUUUGUAGCCUGUGUUUGUGAUAUAGGUUUGUAACUUGUGUUUGUGAUACAUGUUUGUAACUUGUGUUUGUGAUCUACGCUUGUUACCUCUGUUUGUGAUCUAGGUUUUUUUUUACCUGUGUUUGUGAUCUAGGUUUUUUUUACCUGUGUUUGUGAUUUAGGUUUGUAACUUGUGUUGCCUGUUUGUGAAUUUGUUUGUUUACGUUAAAAGUUACAAGUUAUCCUUGUUUAUGUUUUAAAGUGUGCCCCAAAAUCAAUUUACGAAAAGGAAUUUGAAAUAUGUUACGAUACUGCUUCAAUUAUUUGUUUAGUUUUUUUCCUACACAACUAUAUUUUUGUUAAUAUUUUACACAAACCAAAAAAAAAAACAACAAACAACCAACACAUUUCGUUUAAAAUGACAAGAUUGACUUCAUUAGUUGUGUGUGUGCAAGCUCACCGACUUCCUUGUCGUAUCUACGAGAUAAUAAAUAAAGGACCGGCCAUUCUUACAGGCAAACCAGGAAACUGUCUGGAGUACCAAAGUCUAGGGGCGUCAUUUUGAUCAAAAACAAAAAUUUAAAUUCUUUGUCCUCGAAAAAAAUAAAUUUCAACUCAAUGAAUAAUAGUAUUCUCUUGCUUGACGUUUCGAUGAUAUUCCUUUUUACAACCAAUAUGGCUAAAAAGUACAAAUCAGCUAUUUUUAUUAAAAAAAAUCUUGUUACCAAAAGAAAUCUCAAAAAGUGGCAUUGCGAGAGACUGAGCCGCUCGAUCCGGAUUUUGAAUUUAACGAGACCCCUAACACCCCCCCUCCCCCUUUAUUUUUUUCAAACCCCCCAAAAAUGUAAAAAAUCCACUUCACAAAAAGAUAUAAAUUCCUUUUUGUACAGUGAAACCUGGAAAUACAGAACCUUGAAAUAGCGCUGUCCCUGUCAAAUGAACUAAAUAUUCCCGGAACGGAAACGGGGGGAAAGGGGGGGGGGAGAAAAUCAAGGGCUUCGAAGAUUCCUUACCACAAUUGGGGGCUGGGGUGUUUGGGGCUCAUUAAGCCCCUGGCCGAACAAUUUUGUUAAAUUCCAAAUACAAGGAUUCAUUAUUAUGCAUAUCCGAAUUUAAUACUGCUCUUCUCUACACAGAGAAAUGCUAUGCAUUUAUGAAUUGUCACUCAUUAGUAAUGCUGUUUAAAAAUACUUAUUUAAACGCUCUAAAACAAUGAAGCUAAUUAAUGGGUAUUAAACUCUUCGUUCGUAGAUACGUUUUGUAGAGGCGAUAAUGCGCUUACAAUAGAAGUAACGAUAAUCCAACGGCUUAAAUUGAGUUGAAGACGCAUCACUGCAGGCAGGACUGGAAACUAGCAACACAAAAAAAAAAUAUUAAAAAAUACAUGACUAUGAUACGAAAAGAACGGACAAGGGAAGCCAUUAAAAGUAGGAAUAACAUUUUUGUAAAAGUAAAACAAAUCACAUAUCUAGGGGUCAAAUGAAAUGAAAUAAAGAAAUUUCGCAAUAAAAGAAAGAAUAUUGGCAAAAAAAAACAAAAAAAAACAAGACAUCCUUCAGCAGUCAGAAAAUACUCAAAAGUUAAAAAAAAAAGACAAAGAAAAUAUGAUAAAACUGUAAUCAUACCAGUGUAACAUGCGCAUGAGGAAACGUGACCGAUGAAAAACAGUUUGUACCCUAGUCACGCGACACAUCUGCGAAGUAUCAACAAAUAUGGUAAUUUCUUUUCAAAUUUUGCUGAAAAUUAGGAUUCAGCUUUGCAACUGAAAUGUAUUUCAAACAUAUUAUGAUCCUAUUUGGCUCAGGAAAUGCUCACAUCUUUGGUUAUGGUGUCUAAAGAAAAUAUUUUCAAAACUUAACUAGAUUCUUUAGAUGUCGUCAGUGCUAUUAAUAAAACUAAAUUUCAGGAGUUUGACAGUCGACAAGUACACUAGUUAUUGGGACAAGUGCACUAAUUAUUGUGACAUGUGCACUAGUUAUUGUAAAGUGCACUAGUUAUUGUGACAAGUGCAUUAUCUAUUAUGACAAGUACACUACGUAUUGGGAAAAGUACACUUGUUCUUGGGACAAGUGCACUAGUGAUUGUGACAUGUGCACUAGUUAUUUUAAAGAGCACUAGUUAUUGUGACAUGUGCACUAGUUAUUUUAAAGUGCACUAGUUAUUGUGACAAGUGCAUUAGCUAUUAUAACAAGUACACUACUUAUCGGAAAAGUACACUAGUUAUUGGGACAAGUACAUUAGUUUUUGUGUCAAUUAAAAUUUGCAAAAUUUUAAAAAUGUGUUAUGUGAUGAAAUUUACCCUUUUUUACCUUAUUGUAUUUUGGUUAAAGUUACGCCAUUUUAUUAAAAAGCCGUGUAAAUUUAGAACAGCUUAGUCCUUAAGUUUGCCAUACAAAAUGUAAAACAUAUUAGGAUGUAUUGCAUAUAUAUGGUCGGCUGAAUAAGACUUUGCUUUUUUAGGACUCCUCGUAAGUCUUCUUCAUCAUCCUCUUUUUAAAUUAUUAAUUUUUAAAAUUAAGCUGAAUGUUUAAAAGAGGAAGGUCACCAAAAUUUUAACUGCCAGGGGCACCAGAGUUUGUAGGCCCAACCCUGUUUAUAUGUAAACUACAAUGCCUAAAAUAAAUCAUGAUCGAGGUACUCACUUCAGUACUCACUUCAGUACUCACGUCAGUAUUCUCUUCAGUACUCACUUUAGCAUUCACUUCACUAUUCACUUCAGUAUUCACUUCAGUACUCACUUAAGCAUUCACUUCAGUACUCACUUAAAGCAUUCACUUGAAUAUUCAAUUCAGUACUCACUUAAUCAUUCACUUCAGUACUCAAGCAUUCACUUCAGUAAUCAAUUAUGUAUUCACUUCAGUACUCACUUAGCAGUCACUUCAGUUCUCACUUUAGCAUUUACUUUAGGACUCACUUUAGCAUUCAAUUCAGUAAUCAAUUCAGUAUUUACUUCAGUAAUCAAUUUAGCCUUCCCUUAACUACUCACUUUAGAAUUCAUUUCAGUACUCACUUUAGCAUUAACUGCAGUACUCACUUUGGCAUUCGCUUGAGCAAUCACUUCUGUAAUCACCUUAGCAUUCAAUUAGUGCUCACUACAGUAUUCACUUCAGUAAUCAAUUAUGUAUUUACUUCAGUACUCACUUAGCAGUCACUUCAGUUCUCACUUUAGCAUUUACUUUAGGACUCACUCUAUCAUUCAAUUUAGUAAUCAAUUCAGUAUUCACUUCAGUAAUCAAUUUAGCCUUCUCUUAACUACUCACUUUAGAAUUCAUUUCAGUACUCACUUUAGCAUUAACUGCAGUACUCACUUUGGCAUUCGCUUGAGCAAUCACUUCUGUAAUCACUUUAGCAUUCAAUUAGUACUCACUACAGUAUUCACUUCAGUACUCACUUUAGCAUUCACUUCAGAACUCAUUUCAGUAUUCUCUUCAGUACUCACUUUAGCAUCCAAUUCAGUACUCACUUUAGCAUUCAAUUCAGUACUCGCUUAAGCAUUCAAUUUAUUACUCAUUUCAAUAAACACUUCAGUAUUCUAACUAUUUAAAAUAUUUUUUUAAAACUUUAAUACAUGUGCACAUCAAUAUUUCCGUUUAUUUAUCAAAAUAAAUAUUAUGUUUAUUUCAAAAUACUUAAAAACGAAAUUAUAAACACAAUUAAAGAUCCAAGUGAAUUUCAAACCGCUGCGUUUAAGAAGAGUGUAAUUUACCGUAAAGCUUAUUUUGUGGUCCCCCUCAAUCAGACUGUGGCCCCGGAAGUGUGAUUGCAGCAUGCCUGAAACCACCUUGCAUCAAUGAGAAAUGUAUCGACUCAACUUGUGAUAGCGACACAGGCAAGUGUAUCAUUGGAUGCGUUAACAGCAGCAGUACAGACCCUGUAUGUCUCUCUGGUUAGUAUAAUUCUGAAUAAAUUGUAUUUAAAAUAUAAUCUAUAUUUACACAAAUCAGUAAAAUUAUCUUUUUUUUUUCUUUUUAUAAAAUAUCUAUUACACCAAAACAUUAUUUCUUAAUUAAAAGAUAUUUAUAUAUUUUCACAUGACCAUUUUAUGUUUAAAGUAAAUUUAAAUCGCACACCAUUGUAUCAUUCUAACCACAGCUGGUGACAUGUUUUAUUUCAUUAUUUGUAGAAAAAACACAUUGGUGAUUGCAUUUUAUUUUACUAUAGAUUAAAAUGGCACAAACAAUUUGUGUAAAUAAAACAAGAUAGGUUCUGCUUUAAAAAUAUUUAUACACAAUACAAAUGUAGAAGUUUCGGCAAAUGCCUUCAUCAGCACAAAAUCAUUUUUAAAAUUAUUUUUUAAUCCCACUUUUGUAUUUUGUAUAAUCGUGUAACUAUUUUUAAAGCUGAACUUCAUAUUGUUUUAUUUAUGCAAGUGGUUUGUGUCGUAUUUAUCUACUUUAAAGCCUCAUCGAAGUCCAAUAUUCUAAAGCUCUAAUUUUACUAUAUGGUGGUGAAUAGAUUUUUAAAAAUAAAUUAAACUAAUUCAAAUGAUUCAACUGAGAUUUUUUUUCCAAGGGUGUGAGGACAAAAGGUUUGGCUCAACUUGUCAGUUUGCUUGUCACUGUACCGACAAUGGAUGCGACAACAGAGGAUAUUGCAAGGAAGACUCGUACUGCGCUCUUCGCUGGUUCGGUGCCGGAUGUCAGUACCGUAAGUUUGUAUCCUAGAAUUCAGUACCAUAAGUUUGAAUUUUACAUUUAAAUACCACAAAAUUUGUACCCUUAAAUUUGAGUUUUUACUCUAGAGCUCAGUUCUGUACGUUUGUAUCCCAUAUUUCAAUACCGCAAGUUUAUAUCUUAGACUUCAGUACCAAUAGUUUGUAAACUAGAUUUCAGCACUGUGAGUUUGUAUCAUAGAUGAUAUCAUAACCGUAAGUUUGUAUCCAAGAUUUGAGUACCAUAAGUUUGUAUCCUAGUUAUGAGUACCGUAAGUUUCUAUCCUAAAUGAUAUCAAUACCGUAAUGUUCUUUCCCAUAUUUAUGUACUGUAAGUUUUUAUCCUAAAUUUCAGUACCGAAAGUUUGUAUUCCAAAAUUUAGUCUUUUAAGCUUGUAUCCGAGUUGUCAAGGCUAAGGGUAGAGCAAGGUAUGUGGAAGCUUCAUAUAGCUUAAACAAAGUCCUUCAUUUGGUAUCCUAGAUGUCAGUAUUGUAUGUUCAUAUCUUAGAUGUCGGCAUCGUAUGAUCGUAUUCUAGAUGUCAGCAUCGUAUGUUUGUAUCCUAGAUGUCAGAAUCGUAUGUUUUUAUUCCAUAUGUCAGUAUCGUAUGUUUGUAUCAAAGAUAUCAGCAUCGUAUGUUUGUAUCCUUAGUGUAAGAAUCGUAAUUUUGUAUCCUAGAUGUCAGCAUCAUAUGUUUGUAUCCUAGAUUUCAGCAUCGUAUGUUUUUAUCCUACAUGUCAGUAUCAUAUGUUUUUAUCCUAGAUUUCAGCAUCGUAUAUUUGUAUCAUAUAUGUCAGUAUCGUAUGUUUGUAUCAAAGAUAUCAGCAUCGUAUGUUUGUAUCCUAAGUGUAAGAAUCGUAAUUUUGUAUCCUAGAUGUCAGCGUCGUAUGUUUGUAUCCUAGAUUUCAGCAUCGUAUGUUUGUAUCCUAGAUUUCAGCAUCGUAUGUUUGUAUCCUAAAUGUCAGUAUCGUGUGUUUGUAUCCUAGAUUUCAGCAUCGUAUGUUUGUAUCCUAAAUGUCAGUAUCGUAUCUCUUUAUCCCAGAUGUCAGCAUCGUUUGUUUGUAUCCUAGAUGUCAGAAUCUUUGCGUUUUUUUUUUGGUCAUCUCACAUGUCAGAAACAAAACGUUCUUUUGUGUUCUGGAUAUGAGUUUCACAUGUAUGAAGGGUGGAUGCCAGUAUCAUGUUCGAUAUCCUGGAAGUUGGUAUCAUACGUUUGUAUCCUGGAUGUUGUUAUUAUAUGUUUGUAUCCUGGAUGUUGUUAUCAUACUUUUGUAUCGGGGAUUUCAUUAUCGCGGGUUUUGAUAAGUAUUCUCAGACAAAGUGUUCAGCUUUUGAUGAGGUUUUAAAUGAACUUAAAAUUAAUUACAAAUGGGUUUUCUGGCUUCACUUAAUAACAUAUUAUGACAGCAUUAGGACAACAGUGAACGAAAAUUAUCAAUUUAAAAAAAAAAAAAAACAGAAUUAAAAGAUGGGACAAAAGCCAGAUAAAUUAACAUUUGAUUUCACUGGCUAAAUAAUUUGUUCAUAUCUCAUCUAUUCUAAUUUUAAUGAAUUGAUAUAGAGUGAAAUAUUAUUAAUAUUUGUUUAGUUUUAAAGUGCCUCUAUCAUCUGUCUAAUGGAAAAGUCAGAAAACAGUCAAGUUCUAUUUUGUCCACUCAAAAUUUGACUUUAUUUUUCUUUCAAUUUUUUUAGAGGAUUUGUCAUCACAAGCGAAACUAGUGACAUCACCAGAUCACAAACCAUCUCACAUUAUAGAUGGAGAUGAUGCUACGUGUGUCCUAGAUCUCGACAACAUCGAAGUCAAUUUCACCAGAUCAGUUUCAUUCGCCUGGAUACGACUCGUCGUUCUUGAACCUGGUACUUACAGGGUUUAUAUAUAUCAUUGACCAUCUUUAUGUUAGGUUAAAACUUUAGAAAACAACUAAGUUUACCACAGCACCUAGUCUACCCUACUACCUAGUCUACUCCAAUAUCUAGUCUACCCUACCACCUAGUCUACUCCAAUAUCUAGUCUACCCUACCACCUAGUCCACUCAAAUAUCUAGUCUACCCUAUCACCUAGUCCACUCCAAUAUCUAGUCUACCCUACCACCUAGUCUACUCCAAUAUCUAGUCUACCCUACCACCUAGUCCACUCAAAUAUCUAGUCUACCCUACCACCUAGUCUACUCCAAUAUCUAGUCUACCCUACCAACUAGUCUACUCGAAUAUCUAGUCUACCCUACCACCUAGUCCACUCCAAUAUCUAGUCUACCCUACCACCUAGUCCACUCCAAUAUCUAGUCUACCCUACCACCUAGUCUACUCCAAUAUCUAGUCUACCCUACCACCUAGUCCACUCCAAUAUCUAGUCUACCCUACCACCUAGUCCACUCCAAUAUCUAGUCUACCCUACCACCUAGUCCACUCCAAUAUCUAGUCUACCCUACCACCUAGUCCCCCACACCACCUAGUCUACCUCACUAUCUAGUCUACCCUACCACCUAGUACACUCCAAUAUCUAGUCUACCCUACCAUCUAGUCCACUCAAAUAUCUAGUCUACCCUACCACCUAGUCCACUCAAAUAUCUAGUCUACCCUACCACCUACUUAACUCAAAUAUCUAGUCUAACCUACCACCUAGUCCACUACAAUAUCUAGUCUACCCUACCACCUAGUCCACUCCAAUAUCUAGUCUACCCUACCACCUAGUCCACUCCACUUUCUAGUCUACCCUACCACCUAGUCCACUCCAAUAUCUAGUCUACCCUACCAUCUAGUACACUCCAAUAUCUAGCCUACCCUACCACUUAACUCUCCACACCACCUAGUCUACCUCACUAUCUUGUCUACCCUACCACCUAGCCCACUCCAAUAUCUAGUCUACCCUACCACCUAGCUCCCCACACCAUCUAGUCUACCUCACUAUCUUGUCUACCCUACCACCUAGUCCACUUCACUAUCUAUUCUAUCCCACCACCUAGUCUACUCCACUAUCGAGUCUACCCUACCACCUAGUCCCCCACAACCUAGUCUACCCUACCACCUAGUCCGCUCACCACCUAGUCUAAACCACUAUCUAGUUUACCUUGCCACCUUGUCUACUCCACUAUCUUGUCUACCCUAUCACCUAGUCCACUCCAUUAUCUAGUCUACCCAACCACCUAGUCCACUCCACUAUCGAGUCUACCCUACCACCUAGUCCCCUACCACCUAGUCUACCCUACCACCUAGUCCGCCCACCACCUAGUAUAAUCCACUAUCUAGUCUACCCUACCACCUAGUCCACCCCACCACCUAGUCUACCCUAUCACCUAGUCCACUCCACGAUUUAGUCUACCCCACCACCUAGUCCGCCAAUCACCUAGUCUAAUCCACUAUCUAGUUUACCCUACCCCCUUGUCUACUCCACUCUCUUGUCCACCCUAUCACCUAGUCCACUCCAUUAUCUAGUCUACCCUACCACCUAGUCCACCCCACCACCUAGUCUACCCUAUCACCAAGUCCACUCCAAGAUCUAGUCUACCCCACCACUUAGUCUACCCAGCACCUAGUCUACCCACCACCUAGUCUACCCCACUAUCUAGUUUACCCAACCACUUAGUCUAUCUCACCAACCUGUCUACCCAGCACCUAGCAUACCCCUCUACCUAGUCUACCCUAUCACCUAGUCUACCCCACCAACUAGUCUACCCCACUACCUAUCUACCCUAGCACAAAUCAAUCCUGGUUUAUAGAUGCAAGUGCUCUCAUCAAAUGGGUUUAGAAAAGGAUGCUAAAAUUAUUAGGCGUUCUCAUAAACAAAAUAUAGAGUAAAUAGUAAUGGGAAAGAUGUAGCUCAAGGCUCUGUUCUAGGAACUAUUCGACUAUUUUAAGUUGUCAAUAAGUUAAUGGGUUUGAUAUUCGUUUAUGUUUAAUGUGUAUGUAACGAUAGUUAGGGUCAUGUGUAUAUCCAAUUAAGGUUAAACAGCGGAUUAUCUUUUACGGCCAUUGAUCAUUAUGUAGACUAUAUAUCCAAUGGAAAGUUACAGUAAAACCACCAAGAGGAGAAUAUAACAUUCAAAAAGUCAUUACAUUUUUAUUCUUCUGUUGUUAGUUAAUUGUUAUUUUUGUUGAUCUGACAAUGAAAUUAAUCUUGUCUCUAAUUCAUCUAUUCGUGGAUUUUUGUUGAAUUUUUUUUUAUCUGAAGGAGAAAUACGUGUCUCUAAUUCAUCUGUUUAUGGAUUUUUCCAGAUGAAGAUCACACCAAGGCUAACAUCCAUUUCACCAACAGUCAGACCGGAGAAGAGUUCAACUGCACCAAUAUGCUAGAAGAUAUACUGGACAGGAGAACCACCGACAUCUACUGCGAACUGUCCACGGUGGUUGAUCACAUGAACAUCGCGUUGAACAAACCGAGAUCGCUGUGUUCAGUCCACAUCAGUGGAGGUGAGUGAGCCGCACGUUUUACAUUUGUGCAUGUGUGGUCAACUCGGCACACAGCUCCUUCACCCACAACCCUACACAACAUUUUAAUGAAGUUUAUUUAAACCAAUGGCCUAAAUGGAGACUCGAGCAAAAAAAAACAACAACAAAAACACAAGUUAGAAUAUUUCUUAAGACACAUACGCAUAUAAAUACACAAUCAUAGAUAUUUGUACGGGAGUUAAUCAAGUAAAAGGUAAACAAUAUUAACCCCAAAAAAAGAAACAAAUCAAGAACAUCAAGCAAAAUGUAUAGGGUUUGUCAUUUCUAAGACCGGAAAACGUAACUUUCGUUUACGUAAUGUUUCUAUUUUAGACAAUACCUCCGUAAAUCAUAGCUUCUAACAAUGUAUUUCCGGAUAUCUUUAGCAGUAAACUUUUCGUAAAAUAAAGUUUUAAACACGAUUUCAUUAAGGUUGUGACUUACAAUGGUGGCUCACAUUGACGUAGAAAUAUCGAACGGCUGUUGAGACAUUGGCCAAACGGAUUGCCAGGUAGCUUUAUUAAUAUCUUGACAAGAUUGGCCAGACUGCAUGACCGGAUGUUCUAUUAAUGGAUAUCCGUCAUGAAAUGACAAAACCCUAUAACAAUUAUUAUGCGGCUGACAUUUAUGAUUAAAAUCUCUAGCACUUUUACACAGUGAAAAAGGAACAGAUCUAUACAAUCCCCGGAUAAUUAGAAAUUUACAGUAACACUCAAGACAACUCCACACGAUAUACGAUCAGGUGGUCCAUGUCUACGAAACAGAUCCGUGUCUGGACAUAAAAUAGAAAUCAGAAGCAAGAGAGGGUCGAGUUCUUACCUAUCAACCCAAAUGACCAUGUCUAACCAUUUUCCAAAAGAAAGUGAAUUUUUUUUUUCAUCGGACCCAUCGCUACUAAAGGGCAUUUUCAGUUUGACAAAAAAAAACAACAACACAACACUUUUUUGCUCUAUUGCGAUUGAAUACUUAUUGAAGAUAUUACCACUGUGAGGAACAGAAACGAAAAAAAAAACAAUAAGUAAAGUUAAACCUAACGAAAUAUUCAGGGCAAGGAUAAUUUUUUGUUGAUAUGCAUUUCAAAUUCAUACAACGGAUGUACUGUAUCAAUGAAAUGUAUCAUGUUAAAAAUGUAUCAUGUUUUUGGGGGUAUAAUCCAGGCAGAAAUAUUGCACUAUACGGCCGAACCAACCAGUCUUCAUUUUACGCUGGUCUGGAUCACUCUGAGGUGGCGAGCUCUGUCGCGGUUGAUGGUGACACACUAGGUGACACGUGUGCACGGACCAGUAUUAAUGACCCUCGUCCCUACUGGACCCUCACACUUCCCAGGCCGCACGUGGUGAGCAGAUAUGUCGUUUACAACGGCGUCAGCGUCACAGGUGAGAAGAUGCAUUGAUUGGAACGUCUCUAUGUCCUUUUCUUUCAUUGAAGGUGGAAUUUAAUUAAAAGUCUUGAGGGUUGGGGGGAGGAGUUGUGGUGUUUGGAAGAGAGAUCAUAUUUUACAAAAUUUUUCAUGCAAUCCCUUAAUUUCGUUAUUUCAGUCACUUGUAAUAGGUGUAAGAAAAUGUUGGUCUGACGUCAUAAGGGAUACGGUAGAAGUGGCUUAAUGCAAUCGACUAGUUUUAAGUACAGAAAUUAAAAAUUGUGCCCACCCCAUCAACACCCCCGCCCCCCAACCCGCUAUAUUUUUUCUGUCAUCUUUUCACGUGUCAAAGGAAUAACAUAAAAUAUCAAGUGUUAUAACACUAAAUGCACAAAUUUUAUUUCUAAGAAUGUAGUGCUAUUACAUUUCAAAAUAUAACAGUUUUAUAUAAACAUUUUUAAAAUAUUCAUUAUUUUUUGCAUGUAUUGUAGAAGGGCGCUUGACAAAUCUGUUCGUUGAAAACAAAACAAACAAAAAAACAAAAACAAAAACAACACACACACCACCCCAAAAAAAAAAAAAAAAAAAAACAAAAACCACCCCCCCCCCCCCCAAAAAAAAAGAUUUUUGACAAACGCAUUAAUUAUGAUUGAUGAUGUCGCAAUUGUUUCUAUCUAUUGUAAACAAUCAAUAAAUAUAUUUCCCAUUCUAAACUAAGCCCUUCAAAAGAUUGACACUAAAUAAAUAUAUUUCCCAUUCUAAACUAAGACCUUCAAAAGAUUGAUUCAUGAAGAAGAUUAAAUACAAUGUAAUUCAAUAGCAGGUGCUGCCACUGCAUCAGGAUUUCCCCUUUCAUCUACUUACUGCUCCCAUUAUAAAUUAUUUUUGUGUUCUUGACGUCAUAGGCUCGCGACAAGGGUUCAUCAUCCACGCUGAAGACCAAUUCGGUCAAACUGCAUUUCAAACAACGGUGCUAGACGUCUGGGAUAACUUCACUGUGAUACUGACACCCAAUGUCAGCACGCCCAUACGAUACGUGAAAAUUGAGCCCCUGCCAGGCACAGACAGGCUCCUGACACUGUGUGAAGUGCAAGUUUAUGGUGGUAACUAUUUAAGAUUACAUCUCCAUGGCUUUUGAGGGGUAGUUAUUUAUGACUGCAUAUCAUGUUGUUGUGGUUUUUUUUUUCUGGUAAAUAUGAUAUCUCUCAGUUUCUUCAUGUCCAUCCAUGGCGCCCGCAGGGAUGGGCAGGGGGAGCACUUGCCCCCCCCCUCCCCCGGAUUGAUUGGAUAAAAAAAUUUUAGACAAAAAUAGACAAAAAAUGUAUUAAAGUAAAGAGAAAAUAAAGAGAAAGUAACUAACCUGUCCGUUCGUUCACCAUACAAAUACGCUACAGUAAAUUAAAACUAUAUUAAAACAUUACUAAAAAAUGUUUGCCCCCCCUUUGGAAAAUUAAUCGAUUAUUAUUACUAUACUUAUUUCAACAUAAAAAAAAUUUUUCCCCCCCCUUUGGAAAUUUAAUCGUUUUUUUUCCCCCCCCCCCCCCCUAGAAAGUUUUCUGCGGGCGCCCAUGUGUCCAUCAUGAACAUUUCGGACAUAUUUUCCAGCACACAUGAUUUUUUUAAACCGACAAAUGGCAAGGCUAUUGUAUCAAUAAUUGUGUUUGUCUUAAAUCUUAGCUUGUAAAUAAAGUUUUAAAGUUUAAAAAAAAAGAGUACUUUGACAUAUUUAAUUUGUUAAAGUAAUGUGUAAAAGACAUACUUUUUAUACGGUUUGUAUUUCCUAUGGAUGGUGGUACUAAAUAAUAGAUAAAAUAAUUUAAAGAAGCAUUAAUUCUAUCAAUGGUCAUUAAUUUUGUUUCAAUAUUGUGCUCAAAGUGUCCAGAUGAUUUCUUAUGGAAAGCAAGUCACUCCUUUUUCAAAAAAAAAAUUAGUUUUAUACUAAAUAGAUGAACGAGUCUAAAAAUUAAUGCCUGAAUGUCUGCCCUGCUUAAGUAAGACAAACCCCCUUUAUUAAUAUCCUCAGAUGUCGUCUGCCCGGUCGGCUGGUUUGGUCCUGAAUGCGACAGAAGGUGCAACUGUGCCUACACUUCUGACACCUGCUUGAUCUCAUCCGGUGGAUGCCUGCUUGGAUGUGCUGCAGGCUUCAGGGGCGAGGGCUGUAACACACGUGAGAAUUUAUUCGUUUUGUGCAUACAGAUAUCGUCAUAUGAAACAUUAUAAACUAAAUUGUUCAUGAUUGUAUGCAUAUUUCCUCAUAAAAUAUACCAGUUUUCAUACAUGAUCUUUUAUUCCGUAAAAAAAAAAUGAUUCGAACUCUUAGAAGGCUGUAAUUCUGAAAUAGAUAAAGCCUUCUCCCAAACCUCAAUGGGAGUCGCUUAGUCACUUCCUUGUUUGGUCACGUGAUAUGAGUAAGUCAUCACUAGGCUGCAACACACAACAAAAGAUACUUCAUCAGUGCUUCCCCAAUGUUAUGUUAAUUAAAAAUUUUACCUUUCGUAAUAUUAUGGAAUGCAAGCGUUUUUUAAUUAAAGGAAGAAAGUUAUUUCAAGAAAAAUUUGUGAGCGAUAUUCGAUGUGAACUAUCAAUACUAUUAUCGGCAGGAUGUUGUUGAGCUCCGUGCGUGCUCAUGACGUCAUUUGCGUUGUUAUUCAAUAUUGAUGCAGGAGUCAUUCCCCUUUGUUUAUUUUAUUGUUAAUUUUCAUUGGACGAAAUGUAGUGUAGUUGUAGUGUGUAUCGGGCUGCUGUUGUCAAGCACUAGUGUGUUGUAUACAGUAUACCGGAAAUCUUACUCGUUUUUACUCAUAUCACGUGACAAAAUAAUUGACUAAGCGACUCCCAUUGCACAGUGUAACAAUCGGUAGUUUUCAUAACGUGUUACUAAAAGCCGAAAUGUUGCAAAUGACAUGAGCUUGUUUUUAAAAAAAAACGACAACUCUAUCGUGAUUUUUUUAACUUGUUAAAGAGUUACAGAUGAAUUCAAAUAUUUCGUAAAUUAAUAUUGCAUUAAAUUGUAUUACUUUGAAACCGUUUUUUUCAAUGUAUUUUUUAACGUAUAUAAAAAUCAUGUUAUGUACAUGAAUAUAUCAUGUGUAUCGGUAGCCUUGCUUCUAUUAAAUGGGUUGAUCAAACGGGACUGCGGGUAACUUAGCUUCUCUUAAAUGGGGUUGGAAAUACGUGGCAAAAGGAAAUAGCAUAAGAGACACGUAGGCAGAAAGCCUAAUUCAGCUAACAAAAGCUAGAGUAAAACAAAAUUGAAUGGACUUGCACCUCAAAAAUGGUUGAGGGCUUAUGGUCUACAGUUUAUAGGGUUGAUAUAUUGUAGGCUUUUGCCUGAACCAUCCGAACCCCAAAAUAACUGUUGCUAAUGAUUAAAUGUACAAAUAAAUCACACAGGUACACAUCUGAUUCAAUUGUUCAUUGACACUUUUGACUGUUUAUUGAUAUUAUGUAAUGGAGUAUUGGAGAAGCGUACAAUAAAAAUAAUAACAGUUAUUCGCUGUAAAUUGCUUGUAAACUUAAGUCAGUGUUGAAGUUUCUUUCUCGAUUCGACCCCGUUCAAAGAAUAGCUGUCCUGCCGCUCGCAUGUCCGUUCAAUCCAGCAACCUCAAUAAUAAUUUUAUUCAAAAUACUUUGGUGAGAUUUAUGAAUUUAUAGGCUCCUUUAUUUCUAAACCUACAGUGCUUGUUAUUACUGCCGGCUCAGAUGGGGCCUUGGUGCUCUGAUUGUUUUAACCAAUAUGAUAAAGAUACGAUAAACCAACAAUGGAUUAAUUUUUUUUUUUUCAGCAUGCUCACCUGGGACCUGGGGUGUUGGCUGCUUCAACAGGUGCAAUGAAGACUGUGUUGAUGAUUUUUGUGAUGCCAUCAAUGGUACCUGUCCAAUGGAACACCCAGCGCCUUUGCUCACUUGGUGAGUAGCGCAUCAACUUUAAGAACCGCCGACAAAAGUCAUGGGGAUACGACAAGCUUGACUUCUCCACCAUGUUACCCCACAUUUAACUUAUUUAAUUAGACAAGUGGAUGUUACCUGGUGAUAAUUAUAUUCGUGUUGUCGAUUUAAAAGAACGAUAAAUAGAAGAAUAAAAAAAAAAUUAGUUUUAAGUAGCAUAUAUUUUAACCUUUUAAGCUAUUGAAUCUAUCUUUAUUUUCAGGUUGUGAAGGCAUGUGCUGACCUAGACCGUUUAUACGAGAACUUGUCAGACCUGAAAUGAUCUUAAUUUUACUUGCAUUUGUUUGUUAAAAAUGAAUUUCACAUUUAUUUUGCAUUUUUCGUUUCGUUUAUUUUGUUUUGUUUUGUAGUUUUCAAAGGAGUAUCACAUAUACAUUUGCUUAUUUCUUACUCUCCAAAACCAUUCAUUGUACAGUAAUAAUAAUUUCUACAAUUGUCAAAUGCAAAGUGCAUAUUCUUUUAUCAUAAUAUAAUGUUUUUGUACUCAUACCAAUACAAAAAUAUCAUUAAUUUG